AUGGCUCCACAUAAAGUUUUAAGAUGGUUUAGCAAGUCUAAAAAAAUUGGAAAAACUGAAAAAUCCGACCCCAGAAAAUCUAUUGAGGUUCAAUGGGAAGAAAAGUGCAUAUCUAACGAACAAAAAAAUAUGGAUCUUGAAAAUUCAAUAAAUUAUCUAACAGAGUUUAAUACCGUUGUGGAAUGGCGGAAACAUAAAUCAUUACCACCACCAAGACGGCGACAAACUAAAAUUUCAGGUGUAGAUCCAAGAAGAUUUGGAAUAGUGGAGCCUUUUUUUGCAGAAUUAGAUUAUGCUGAUUUAAGUAAAGAAGAUUGGAACUUCUUUAUUAAUUUUCUAUCCUUACUGGAUAAGGGAAAUUUAGAGACAGAUUCAUUUGAUGAAUUCGAGACCCCUGCCACAAUAUCGGUGGCAAAAAAAGAAACUAUUAGUAAUAGAAGAGGAAGUGCAACAUCAUUUUAUUUAGAUAAUAAAGCUGAAAGGCGAAAAACGGCACCAAUGGUUCUUGGAACUUAUAAAAAGAAAAUUGAAUUAAAAAUUCCGAAAGAUAUUAAUAAAGUUCCAAAAGUUCCAGAGGUCAUAUGUAAUAAAAAAAAUGAUGAUAUUAAUAAUUUUAUGAAAACCACUACAAAUAUACAAUUGUUGUCUGAUAUAUGCCCAACAUGUGAAAGACAAAUCAUGACCUGGCAAAAACGUUUAGAAAUUUUAUAUGGAAUAACGAUCGGUUUAAUAGGAAUACACAAAUAUGAUAUAACGCACAAAAAUUUGCAUAGCGGAAAUGUUUUAAUUAAUUUCUCAGAGACUUUAUUAGGAGAUUUAAGAAAUACAUGUAAGAUGUAUGAUAUUAAUUCAAAGACAAUUGAUGAUAAUGAUGAUUAUUCUAAAAAAGAAGAAAUUUUACCAUUCAUGGCACCCGAGAUAUUAUGUUAUAAACCUUACACCAAAUCUUCAGACAUAUAUAGCUUUGGGAUUAUAAUGAGGGAACUUGCCCACCUCAAAUCACCUUUUAUGAAUAAUGUCAACCUCACAAUUGAUGAUGAGACAAUGUUUGAAAAAAAGAAUGUUAUCAUACCUGAAAUUUAUAUAAAGUUGAUGAAUAAAUGUUUAAGUCAAGAUCCGUAUGAAAGACCAAGUGCUGAAGAAUUAUAUAGGACAAUAGGAGAAUGGUUAUCAAAAGUUAUUUUUGUUUCAAACAGUGAUUUAUCCCAACAAUUUCAAGAGGCAGAAGGAUGGAGAUUAAAAAGAGUAAAAUGGGAAAAAGAAGGAGAAAUUCAUCUCAAGAAAUUAACUUCAAAAUUAUCACUCUCGGAUGUACCUAUAUCCAAAACUCGUUAUAAAUCUUUAAAAGAUAUUAUCGAAUAUGACAAUUCAAUAAAUAUCAAAUAUUGUGGCACGGAAGAUUGUAAAUUUUUAGUUGCAUAUUAUCCUUUUCUCCAAGAAAACAAAUUAUGUGAUAAUUAUAUCGACUAUAUUAAUUUGGCACGAUUAUUAAAUCGUGUUAUAGUUCUUACAAAUGUUGGACCCACCCGAAUAAGCACUUGCCAAAAAUUUCCAUUUAGUUUUCAUUACGAUGUUAAUUCAUUAUCUCAAAGAUUUCCGGAUGUUAAAUUCAUUUCUCAACUGGAAUUUCAAAAGUGGACAGAAUUACGAUAUCAAAAACCUACAGCUUCACAUGUUUUUAUUACCAAUGGAGGUUUAAAUAAUUCGAUAGAAGAUAUGAUUCCAUAUCCUGAUACUUUGAAACGUAUUUGGUGUUUAGAUAAAUUUAAUUUAAAUUUCGAUAAAUUUUCCAAAUUCAAACAAAUAAGUACAAGUAAAAAUAAUUGGAAAGAUGUAGAAAAUAAUAAUGAUUUUAUUUCAUUUUUAAAAUCCAAUUUACAAUUUACUCAAGAUGUAUUAUUAAUAAGGCAUGAUAUUCGACAUCCUUUAUUUUUUGUUGAAAAAAUUGAACAAUUGAAUUAUGCGAAACAUAUUAUAGAUACAGCGGAAAUGAUUAUUAAUAGAUUAAGACCGUAUGUGGCUGUACAAUGGAUUUUGGAACAUGCAGAUGAAAAUAAUUUGAUUUCAU